GAGAGAGAGAGAGAGAGAGAGAGAGAGAGGACACGAACGGAAGGGAGGCAGAAAACCACAGGAAAGCGCAGCCGUGGUGUGUGGAGGCUCCGCGCAACGCUAUUUUCGGGGCGUGCGUAAAGGCGCGAAGCGGAGAAACACGUUCAGUGGAUACAUCGUUGUUUAGUCCCUUUCCCCCCCCCGUUCUCCUCCCCCCCUGGACAUGUCUCCGUGGCCCGCGGGGCGAUGUGUAGGCUGCGUCGCGGCCAGAGAGAGGAGGCGGUGAUCCCGGGCUGCGCGUCGCCGCCUUGUUCCUCUCCGCUCUGGAUGUUACUGGAAGUUCUCGUUUGUGACGCUCGCCUCUUCGCCGGGGAGACGCGGAACGCGGCCGCACUCCGGACGACCGAACAGACUUGAGACGCUGUGGUUUCCUCCUCCUCCUCGUCCUCACAUCGCGUUGGCCGCUCGGCUCACUGACGAUGUGAGACACGGUGGUAGUGUUGCGAAGUCGACCCAUGACAAACCGCCGCGUCCAGCUGUUCGAUCCGCCGCUGUGACCAUUCAUUCACGCCUGUUCCUGGAGGGGGGGGGACCGCGGGGGGGACGGGGGACGGGGGGGGGUUCGGACAUGCCGGGGCGAACUUUUCGAGGAUGAAGAAGCUCCGUGUUCCGAUUGCAACAUCACCUUCUUCUCCUCCUUCUUCUUCUCGUUCUUCUUCUUCUUCUUCUUCUGCUGCUGAGCCCGAUUCGACGACCGCGUGCUUUUUGUUUGAGUCGCGUUCGAGGCGAUUUCGCCAGUUCCAUGUCGCGCGCACAGGAGAGCUGACGUGCGCCUCGGAUAUGGGGGAACACUGCGGUGACGCGCUGCUGCUGCUGCCGCUGCUGCCGCUGCUGUGAAGUUUUGUGGAAAAACUGAUUUACCGAAGCCGAUCGUGAAUGACUGAGACGCCCGGCGGCUGGUAGGGAACCGACCCCUUCUGCGCCCGCUUCUGACGCCGCGCACCGCCGCCCCCGGCGCCGCUGCGAGGCAGCUCGCGGACCCGGUCACCCAACCUCCUCCUUUCCCUCGUCCGGAGCCCGACCAUGGAGGAGUGGAGACAGUGCGGCCGGUGGCUGAUCGACUGCAAGGUCCUGCCCCCCAACCACCGGGUCGUGUGGCCCUCGGCGGUCGUCUUCGACCUGGCGCAGGCCCUGCGCGACGGCGUGCUCCUGUGCCAGAUGCUGCACAACCUCUCGCCGGGAUCCGUGGACCUGAAGGAGAUCAACUUCAGGCCGCAGAUGUCACAGUUCCUGUGCCUGAAGAACAUCCGGACGUUUCUCAAGGUGUGCCACGACAAGUUCGGCCUGCGCAACAGCGAGCUGUUCGACCCCUUCGACCUCUUCGACGUCAGAGACUUCGGCAAGGUCAUCUCCGCCCUGUCGAGGAUCUCCCACCACAGCAUCGCACAAAUCAAAGGCAUCAGGCCCUUUCCGUCGGAGGACACCGCUCUGAACGAGGAUGACGUCUACCGGAGCCUUGAGGAGCUGGCAGAUGAGCAUGACCUGGGCGAGGACGACAUCUACGACUGCGUGCCGUGCGAGGACGACGGCGACGACAUCUACGAGGACAUCAUUAAGGUGGAAGUACGACAACCCAUGAUCCGAUACAUGCAGAAAAUGGGCAUGACGGAGGAUGACAAGAGGAACUGCUGCUUGGUGGAGAUCCAGGAGACGGAGGCCAAGUACUACAAGACUCUGGAGGACAUCGAGAAGAACUACAUGAUCCCACUGAAGCAAGUGUUGAGUCCACAGGAUAUGGAGGCGAUCUUCGUCAACCUGGAGGAUGUAAUAAAAGUCCACUUUGCCCUGUUGCGAGCCAUCGACCUGAACAUGGUGACGGGAGGGAGUGGCCUGGGGAAGAUCUUCCUCGACUUCAAGGAACGGUUGUUGAUCUACGGCCAGUACUGCAGUCACAUGGAAAACGCCCAGAAAACACUGGAUGAGCUAAUAGCCACACGCGAAGACGUGAAGAUUAAAGUGGAGGAGUGUACGCUGAAAGUGCAAGAGGGGAAGUUCAAGCUGCAGGAUCUCCUGGUGGUUCCCAUGCAGAGGGUACUGAAGUACCACCUACUACUGAAGGAACUUUUAGGUCACUCAGCCGACCGACCAGAGAGGCAGCAGCUCAAGGAGGCACUGGAAGCCAUGCAGGACCUGGCCAUGUACAUCAACGAAGUCAAGCGGGACAACGAGACGCUGAAGAAGAUCAGCGAAUUCCAAAGUUGCAUCGAAAAUCUCCAGGUGAGGCUGGAGGAGUACGGGCGGCCAAAGAUAGACGGAGAGCUGAAGGUGUGCUCCAUCGUCAACCGGACAAAACAGGACCGGUAUAUUUUCCUGUUUGACAAAGUGGUCAUCGUCUGCAAGAGGAGAGGCUACAGCUACGAGCUCAAAGAGAUCAUCGAACUGCAGUCGUACAAGAUGUCGGACGACCCCAUGAACAACAGGGACGUGAAGAAGUCAAGUGGAAAAAUGUGGUCUUACGGUUUCUACCUGAUCCACCUGCAAGGGAAGCAGGGCUUCCAGUUCUUUUGUAAAACGGAGGACACCAAAAGGAAGUGGAUGGAGCAGUUCGAAAUGGCCAUGUCCAACAUCAAGCCGGAGAGAGCCACGGCCAAUCAGCAUAACUUCCAGAUGCACACGUUCGACAAGAACACCAACUGUCGAGCCUGCAAGAUGCUCUUGAGGGGCAUCUUCUAUCAGGGCUACUUCUGCUCUCGCUGUGGAACGGGAGCACACAAGGAGUGUCUGGAAGUCAUCACCAUCUGUAAAAUCAAUCCCCUCGACUUGGAACCUGGAAUGUCAUCAGGUCCCAAGAUGGUGGCAGUGAGGAACUACCACGGCACGCCCACGCCGCCGGGGAAGACGCCGCUCUCCUUUCAGACGGGGGAUUUCAUCGAGCUGCUGAAGGGAGACCCGGACACGACGUGGUGGGAGGGAAAGCUCAUACAGACGCAGAAGAGCGGCUUCUUUCCCAGCUCGUGCGUAAAGCCCUGGUUGGACCCAAAGCCCUUCCAGUCAUUGUCGAGCCGGCAGACCUCGAGGGAAGCAGACUACUUUGGAUAUCCUUGGUUCGCGGGGAACAUGGAGCGCCAGCAGGCCGACAACCUCCUCAAGUCCCACAGCAGCGGCACGUACCUCAUCAGAGAGAGGACGGCCGAGGCGGAGAGGUUCGCCAUCAGCAUCAAAUUCAACGACGAGGUGAAGCACAUUAAGGUCAUCGAGAAAGACAGCUGGAUUCACAUCACCGAGGCCAAGAAGUUCGAGAGUCUUCUGGAGCUGGUGGAGUACUAUCAGGCGCAUUCGCUGAAAGAAAGCUUCAAGUUGUUAGAUACCACGCUGCGGUACCCCUACAAGUCGCGAGAACGCUCGCUCACGCGGGCCAGCACGCGCUCACCAGCAGCCACCUGCGCCUCCUACAACUUCUCCUUCCUCAGUCCCCAAGGCCUCAACUUCUCCUCUCCUCAGAGCCCGGCUCCCUUUUGGUCAGUGUUCACGCCGCGGGUGGUCAGCACGGCCGUGGCCAGGUACAACUUUGCCGCGCGGGACAUGCGGGAGCUGUCGCUGCGGGAGGGGGACGUGGUGAAGAUCUACAGCAAGAUCGGCGGCGACCAGGGCUGGUGGAAAGGCGAGGCCAACGGACGCAUUGGAUGGUUUCCGUCGACCUACGUGGACGAAGAGGGGGGGCAGUGAGGCCGGCGCGUUCACUGGCCUGGCUCCUUUUUAAAAAAAAAUUAUAAUCAGGAACCAUCUUCUACCUUCUGUGCUCAGAGAAAAUUACUCUCUCCAGGAAAAACAACAACACAAGGAAUACAGAAAAAAAGAGAACUCUUUUUCUCCGUGGUUGUUUUUUUGAUGGAUGCUCGUUUUUUCCGCGGCGAGCCGUCUCUCACCCCGCCUUUUUUUUUUUUGUCCAUCUUCAAUUAUGCAUCGGCUUUUGCUCUUUGUUUUGUUUUGUUUUCUCUCGCGGGACGUCCCGUUUAAUUUGUGUACAGGAAAAGAACGAGAGGGGGGGGGGGGGAAACCUGCCACGCUGUCCGUCUGCCUCCGCGCUGCACUGCAGAGGCUUCACUGAACUGGAGACACAGCGCUGAGCCGACGACGGAUCGCUCCCCCCCCCCCCCUGUUUUUCUGUUGCAGGUCUAUGUGAGGUGAAAUAAUUGUACAGUAUAGAUAAUUUAUUGAAUAGAGAUUAUUAUCAUUACGAAUGAUUAUUGUGCAGAAGUUGAUUUUAGCAAAAGGAAUCGGAUGAGGAAAAACUCAAAUGAGAGAAAGAAAGAAAAGACGAAGAAGAAGACGAAGAAGAAAAAAAAGACAGAUGCUCUGUUUUCAUGUCGAGAGAUUUUUUGCCUUAGUUGUCAUGGUGACGCCUUGUGGGCUGACACCGGUGGAGGGGAAUCAACUUUGUGGACAGGUUUUUACUUCUCCGUGUGUGCAUGUGCCCAUGUGCGGCCCACACACACACACACACACACACACACACACACACGCCGACCAAUGUACAGUACGGUGCCUUUGAAGAAUGGUCGUUCACUGAACCUCAACAUCGGCCGGUUGAGAACCGUGCCGUCCGUCCGUCCGUCCGUCCGCACCCAGAGGAUUAACUCACUACAGGAGGGCAGAGGAACUUAUACACAGCGAACUGGAGGGGGGAAAAAAAAUCCAGACGGUGAAGCAUUCAACCCGUCCCGCCCGGAGACUUGGAUGGACUCGCGCGGAAUCGGCGGAGGGGUUGUUGUUCUUGGUUUUUUUGAUAGCCGACAACAAUCACACACACGUACACAGUUCACUCCAUCAGUCUUUGGCGUCAGGAAUCAAAAGGGAAACAUUCAAACAUUCCACUCGACAAACCACUUUACACUUUUGAAAUCUCGGUAUUCGUCGUCUGAUUGACUUCUUUUUUUGCACAGAAUCAAGAUUAUUUUCUUCCUUUUUAGUUUUGAGAACUGGACCGAUAGUUUUUUUUUUAAUGUGAUUAUUAUUUUGAAGCCAAAUUCAACCAUGAGUCGUCAUGAUUUAUUUUUUGUACCUUGCCUUAUUUUUUUAAUUUUGAUUUUUUUUUUUUUUUACAGAUGAUCAGGUGAUGGGAUUUUUUUUUAUUAUUUUUUGCUCAAUAUUACUCGUUUUACAAGCGUGACAUAGAUUCUGGUGAACAAUAAAUAAAAACGGUGUCAUGAGAGUUUUAAUCUGAAGGAAAGACUGUGUGUGUGCUAAUUCACCCGGAAUCCACAGGAGGAGCCCUCGAUCCCUUUGUGCUCAGUGUUUGCCAUUUACUUCCAGUAUGUUCUGAGAGACAUUAAUCCUUUUUUAUUGAUUUAUAGAACCACAGCUUUCAUUAAAGAGAAAAGAAAAAUGUG